AUGUUUCUCGCGUUGUCGCGUCCGCAACAGCAGCGCCGGCGUUCGGUGUUGAUGUUGCUGGCUCUGCUUAUUCUGAGUGUCAUGUCAUCUGUGUGCUCCAGCAACUUCUGCUUCUCCGCAAGACGCCUGGACAAAAAGGGGGCCCCACAAGCGGCGACGCGGGCUCUCUUUGCUGCAUCUGUAGGAGCAGCAGCCUCAGCAAGGGCACCUACUCCUCCCUCAUUUUUGACGGCUCAUCGCAAUUACCCUUCCGUGGAGGCCUUCAGCUCUGUUCGUUCCGUAUCCUCACUCUGCGCGGGAGGCCCCUUAGUGGGAGGGGGAGGAGAGGGCCCUACGCCUCCGACAGGUCCUCGCGUGCAGGCUGCACUAGAGCAGCUGCAACAGCUCACUCUCCUUGAAGUGUCUGAGCUGGUGCGUCAGCUAGAGAGGAUCUUUGGAGUGUCGGCUGCUUCUGCGCUUGGUGUUGUGGCAGCAGCAAAAGCACCGCCAGCACCUGCUGGUGAUCAGAGUCCAGGUGCCUCAGGGGAAUCAGCUGCUCCUAAAGCCCCUGAGAAGACAGAAUUCAAGGUAUUAAUGAAAGCUGUGCCUACGGCUAGCCGCAUAUCUGUCAUCAAGACAUUGCGAAGUGUACGCUCAGACUUAGGACUGAAGGAAGCAAAGAACUUCAUAGACUCUCUCCCCAAGGACGUAACCGAAAACAUUAACAAAGCAGAAGCGCAGAAGAUCUUCGACGCUCUCAAAUCGGCUGGAGCUGAGGUGGAAAUGGUUUAA